UCUCUCACAUAUUCACAAUUAGUGAAGCUUGUAGCAGAUAGAUAAAUAGAUGGAAGAAAGAGACCCUUGUGAGAAAGUUUAAUUUUCUUUGUUGCAUUCUUCACUCUUUGUUAAUUCGUUGUGUCUCUAUCGGUUGCCGAUAGAGGUGGCACUAUAGAGAGACUCGUUUCAUUUCCUUUCCUUUCCUUUUAUUUCUUCUCAUUAGUUUGCCAUUUUUCCGCUCAGACAAAAGCUUCCCCACCAAUUCAGCUCACCCUGACAGUGAGAUCUAUCUGAUCUCAUCACAUUUCUAUUCUUUGCGAGAAAACAAAGAGAUCGACCGAAUCAUCAUCGAAGAGAAGAACUAUAUAUCAUUCACCAUUUGCUUUUUCUCUCCUUAUUUAACCCUACUUCCCUUUUUUCACCCUUUUCUACGUCCACUCUUCUUCUUCCUCGCAUCUCUUUUGCCUCUUUCUUUCUCAAACCCUUUUUCUUAUUCCUCGGGAUCCAGUUCAAGAACCACGUGUCUCGUUGCUUCUGUUCUAUGUUUAUAAGUAACUUGAGUUCCUUCUUUUUCUUCUCUUUUUGCAUUGAAAUAUUGUGUCUGAUUUGGUUAAGUUGGGAGAUAUAUAUACUGUUUAGUUAACUUGCAUCAUAUCUCAGUGUCAAAGACCAGUUCAUCAUUUUUCUGAGACAUUAAGGGAUUUUAAUUUGCAUCUUUGGGGGAAGAUUUGUGACUGAACCAUCUUGAUCUGUGACUAUUCCAAGAGAGAAAGGGCUCCAUAGAGAGAGGGAGAAUAUGAAUAAUUUUUCUCAUGUUCCCCCCGGUUUUAGGUUCCACCCUACUGAUGAAGAACUUGUUGAUUACUACCUAAGGAAGAAAAUUACCUCAAGAAGGAUUGACCUCGAUGUCAUAAAAGAUGUGGACCUCUAUAAAAUUGAGCCAUGGGACCUUCAAGAGCUUUGCAGAAUAGGAGCAGAAGAGAAAAAUGAAUGGUACUUCUUUAGCCAUAAAGAUAAGAAGUAUCCAACUGGAACUCGCACAAAUAGAGCAACAGCAGCAGGGUUUUGGAAAGCAACAGGAAGAGACAAAGCAAUCUAUUCGAAGCAUGACUUGAUAGGGAUGAGGAAAACCUUAGUCUUUUAUAAAGGUCGGGCCCCAAAUGGACAAAAAUCAGAUUGGAUCAUGCACGAGUAUCGACUUGAAACAGAUGAUAAUGGCGCACCACAGGAAGAAGGAUGGGUUGUGUGUAGAGUAUUCAAAAAGAGACUAACAACCAUGCGUAAACUGAGUGAGCAUGAUUCUCCCUGUUGGUAUGAUGACCAAGUCUCUUUCAUGCAAGACUUGGACUCACCAAAGCAAAGCUCUCAACCUAAUUUUCCCUACCAGCAGUUCCAAUAUCCUUGCAAGAAAGAGUUAGAUUUUUCAUACCAUUUACCUCUCCAGCUUCCAUUAGAGAACCAAAAAUUGCUCCAAUCUGCAGCCUCCAACUCAAUGACACCAUAUGGUAUAGAAGAAAACCCUAAUGCCAUGCAGCCAGCAUCAAUCAUGCAACAAGUUCAACAACAAAAUUUUCAAGUGUUUGGAAACAAUUCCAAUGAUCAACAAGUGGCUGAUUGGAGAGCUCUUGACAAGUAUGUUGCUUCACAACUUAGUCAAGAAGAUGCAUCCAAAGAUCACAAUAGUUAUUCAAACGCAGACAACAUUUUUCAAGUGAAGAACAAUAGCACUAUUGAACAGUUGAGGGACUUGGACAAGGAAGAAAAGAUGGCUGAAAAUGCCUCAACAUCAACCUCAAGCUGUCCAAUUGACAUGUGGAAAUAGUGGCUGUUUAAAUUGAUUUUGGGUUUAUACUAAUAAUAAGGGUACUUUAAUUAGUUAAUAUUACAAAAAAAUGAAAAUACCGUAUAAUUUCUUGUACAUAAUAAAUGAAAUGAACAUGACAUUAGAGCUAGUGCAUGUGAAUUCUCGGGAUUCACUUCUAGCCAGCAUUAAGUUAAAUUUAUUGAAAUAGAACAAUAGCCAGUAGAAUGUGAUCAUAUUUCUCAUAAGUGAUAUAGCUUGCAGGAUUUUUAGUUAUUGUGUGGUUUAAAAGUAAUGGGCUCUAGCCACUCCAGCUGCUCUAUGUUUGUAUUUUACAUUCAAAUGAAAUAGUUAUAGAAUAAAUGAUUCUUUAUCCU